AUGCUUGUGGUGGAUUCAUUGCCCUUUGGGCAUGAUUACGACCAAACCCUUUUGCCGUGCAGCCCUGGGUCCAUGAUGGCUACUGAUGUUGCUGCAAAGACUGUGCUAGAGGUUCAUGUUCAUGAAAAUGCUAUGUCAACGAUCCAAUGGUUGUCUCAACUCUACACUACCCUGCAGGCGGAGCAUGCAAACAAGCCUGAGGAUUGUGAGCUGGGGCAGCAAGGCGAUCAGGAGGUCAUCACACGCAGAAUGCAGUUUAGAAUGAAGAAAAAUAAGAAGGAACAGAGACAGAAAAAGAAGGAACAAAAGGCACUUCAGAAAGUGGAAAAGGAAAAGGCGAAGGAGGAAAAAAAGAAAGCUCGUGAACAGAAGAAACAAGAGAAAGCCAUGAAAGACAGCCAAAAGAAAAAGAGGGUCGGAAAAAAAAAACAGGAUGAACAGGAGCCUAAGAAGGAGAAGAAGUCAAGGGGAAAGAAACGACCACAUGAGGAGGAUGUGAUGGACAAUGUCCAGGAUGAGUCAGGAAAUAGCAAGCCUGAGGAACAAGGCCACGAGCCUGUGGUAAAGGAAAAGGAGAAUGUCGAGGAGCAUGGGGACUGUGGCAAGGAUGUGGGCUGCAGUGAGGCCGAAGCAAAGCAUGAAGCACAGCAUGCAAGCCCGACACGAAAGCAUGUGAAGCAUGCCAAGCUUGUGAAGUUGCGUCGCAUGAAGUCCAAGGCCAAGGUGUUAUCUCCAGCAGAUUUUGCAACCUGUGGCAGCAGGAAGCGCAAGAUCAACACAAAGCAUGUGGUUUCCCAGAAAUCUGCGGCAUCGGGGGCAUCCACUGUUGCACCCAAGAGCACCAAGAAAUGCAGGUCUCGAAAGGGAAAGGCAAAGUCCCCUGUGAAGGGCCAACCUGCAAAGAAAAGCAAGCCGAGCAAGUCCAAACCCUGCAAGCCAUGCCCCAAGAUCGUCGCCCUUGCUAACGGGAUCUUGUCCCAAUGCAAGGACAGUGAGUGCAUACACCCAACAUGGAGUGCCCCAAAAUUUGACCCGAAGAUGUUCUCAAUCAGUGUCUACUGGACCAGGCAUGCUGUAGGUGUCAAAGUGGCAAAGUCAUUCCUAUUGGGAAAAAGCUGCAAGGGCAAGUGCAAAGGCAAAGGCAAAUUUUCCCAAGUGGCUUACUUUGGAUCCCCGACCCCUUGCAUCUACCGCAACCUAGCUGUCCAAGCCUUGUCGCGGCAGAAGCCUUUGGACCCAAAGAAUGCCGAGAUGAAGGAGUUCCACCUGUUGCUGAAGACGUCGCACGAUCAUGCUGUGAGUUUGAUGGGUCCUAUUGGUGAAAGCUAA